GCGGCUUUCUUGGCAAUGAAAAGCACUGGUGGCAAACUGCUUGUCUUCCCAUCAACAUGGCCGUCAACUGGCAUUGGAUCCCUUUCUGCUAGAGAAGCAGAAGGCAGAAGCAACAUAUCAGUGGGAGAUAAGGAGGCUCGCAAAUUACUCCAAUUGGCUGACAAGAUUUUGAAAACUAUGGCUAUUGAGUUUGCGGAGUAUCAGGUCUGUGUGGACUUGUUCAUUACGACGCAAUCAGAUGUCGAUAUAGCGUCUCUCUCUGUAAUGCCAAGAACUACUGGAGGCCAGGUUUACUAUUAUUACCCUUUCUCUGCCCUUUCUGAUUCUGCUAAGCUUUACAAUGACCUCCGCUGGAAUGUCACAAGGCCACAAGGAUUUGAAGCUGUGAUGCGUGUUAGAUGCAGCCAGGGUAUUCAAGUUCAGGAAUAUUCAGGAAACUUCUGUAGGCGCAUACCAACUGAUGUUGGCUUACCUGCU